AUGCUACCCUUUCCUCCACCUGAUGCUGGGCCCAAGCAGGUCCGCGCCUACGUGGUCCAACUACUCACAACCCGACACGACGCCGACCUCGACUUCGCCGAAAGCAUUGCCGAUCUCUGGCAGUUGGGCCGCGGAGUGGACUUUCGAUCUGCGAUCAAUAUAGGCGCAGUCCUCGACGUUCAGAACGUUUUUGGAGAUUCGGUUGGCCCAUUUCUCUAUAGAAGUGCCCGUGAAGAGUUUAUUGCGGACUAUCGUUGUUCUUUGACGGGCCUUGCUACCUCAUGGGCUCUGAAAGCUGCUCUGGUUCUCGGGCUCCUCCUUGUUGUCCGCGGCAUUCGCCAACCCUCUGAGAAAAAGGUUCAGGCUUUCAUUGAGGCCGGUUUUGUAGUGGGGAUAUCUGCAUUCAUUAUUGGCCUGAUCGACAUGUUUCACGUUAUCUCUGGCGGAGCAGCCACAUUAGGCGCAUGCGGAAUUGUUAUAGUUGGGAUUUCAUCGUUACUUGCUAUUGCCCGAGCUCAGGAGCGGCAAAUUCAAGAUUACCAGAAGACGAAGGAAAAAUAG